ACAAUAUAUAACAGCCUGAUGCCAGGACAAAGAGGAAGCAAGUGAAAUAAUUCUGUCCCUACUUAAUUUGCCAAAAUAUGCUGGAAUGGUUUGAUUUGCAUAGCCUCCUGUGAGUGGCAGGCCUCCAAUUAGUGUGUUUGAUAAUCUACCAGGCUCAUUACCUAACAGGGAGGAGUGCUUAAACACAUCUUGGGUCUUCAGAUGUCACAUUUUACCUUCUUGGAUUCAUCAGAGAGGAAGAAACACACCCUUCUGUUUACAGCAAACAGUUCAGGGUUCUGAUCAGAAGCCUUCACCCAACAUCCCGCACCAUCAACAUGAAAUCGCUAUCGACUGUUACCUUUUGUCUCUUGGUUGCUUUGAAACCAGUGAACUGCCAAAUAGGUCAUGGGCCACUCCAGCCAUGGAUGCAAGGGGCCAUUGCAGUUACAGUCUUCUUGGUUUUGGCAUUAGUUGCCUUUGUUGUCAAUAGAUUAUGGUGCCAAGAUAAGCAUAAUUCCUUGGAAGGGAGAAACAAAGAGUUCUCAAUGGAAGUUAACAAAGAAGAGGUAGUCAUUUCUAAUGGCACAGAAGGAAGGUAUUCAGCAACUGCAGCAAAUUUUAGAUGUGAAGAAGUCCCAUAUGUGUAUGAAAAUGAAGUUGAGCUUGAGUGUGACAACACAGCUGCACAUCAUGGUGAAAAAAACCCUGAAGUUCUUACUACUUGCAUGUAGUCUCACCAUCUCUGGGCAUCACUCACUUCUCAAUCCUUUCUUUUAAAAACCCUCAUAAUAUAAACUGUUGCUAAGCAACUGGGACUCGGAAGACUCUAGGAAUUUUUGUUAUAUCAUCUAAAGAUCUACCAGUAGUUCCAAAACUAUUCCCUCUUCUGGUGCCAUGGGAACACUGCAGAGGCAGACCUGUUACGAAGCUUUGUUCAUUUGGAUAAAGUCACCAUAAAUCAAAUAUGCAAUCUUCAGAAGUAAAUUGUAUGCAUUUCUUGCCAUAUCUACAUCCGACGAGCUUUUGUUAUUUGACAGUGUACUUUGCUGAUAGUUACUUAUAGCAUAAAGUUGUUAUUUCUUAAUGAACACAGGGACAAAAUCCCAUGUAUCAUUUAUCAAUAUAAUAAUGGAUGACUGUUUUAAAAAUGUUGUAACUGGUAAAGUAAUUUGUUCUUAA